GCGGGUCUGGCAGCGGGUAGGGUUGCCUGUGCCAACGCCCUUUAGCGCUGGCUCUCGCUUGAGACGGGAGCGGCUCUUUCUCCUCGCCCCAGCCCCGAGCGGAGCGCACCCGAUCUAGCGGCGCCAGCCGGCUCGGCCUAGCGGAGCGGACCCAGGUUUUGAGGUGCCUUUUCCUCUUGACAGUGUGACAGUCCCAGCCUCUCCUUUUGCCUUGCUGCGCUUUCCCCACUGCCAGCCACCAUGGAGAAGACCGAGAUGAUCCAGAAAGCCAAGCUGGCUGAGCAGGCUGAGCGCUAUGAUGAUAUGGCCACCUGCAUGAAGGCAGUAACCGAACAGGGUGCCGAGUUAUCCAACGAGGAGCGCAACCUGCUCUCGGUGGCCUACAAGAACGUAGUGGGGGGGCGGCGCUCUGCCUGGAGGGUCAUCUCUAGCAUUGAGCAGAAAACAGACACCAACGACAAGAAGAUGCAGCUUGUCAAGGACUAUCGGGAGAAGGUGGAGUCUGAGCUCAGGUCCAUCUGCACCACUGUGCUGGAGCUGCUGGACAAAUUUUUAAUAGCUAAUGCAACUAAUCCAGAGAGCAAGGUAUUCUACCUGAAGAUGAAGGGAGACUACUUCCGAUACCUUGCUGAAGUUGCAUGUGGAGAUGACAGAAAACAAACAAUAGAAAAUUCACAAGCAGCUUAUCAGGAGGCAUUUGACAUCAGCAAGAAAGAGAUGCAACCUACACAUCCAAUUCGUUUGGGCCUAGCUCUUAACUUUUCUGUAUUUUACUAUGAGAUCCUCAACAACCCUGAGCUUGCCUGCACGCUGGCUAAGACAGCUUUUGAUGAGGCUAUCGCAGAACUUGAUACGCUGAAUGAAGACUCAUACAAAGACAGUACUCUCAUCAUGCAGUUGCUUAGAGACAACCUAACAUUAUGGACAUCAGACAAUGCAGGAGAAGAAUGUGAUGCUGCAGAAGGUGCAGAAAACUAAACUGCACAUGGGGUGUGUCAUUCUCUUUCCUUCUCAAGAAACCUUUUUACACGUCUCCAUUCCUUAUAGCUCCACUUGGAUUUCCUAUAGCAAAGAGAACCCAUCCAUGUGUAUGGAAAUCAGUUUAUAGUCUUUUCACACUGCAGCUUUGGGAAAACUCCAUUCCUUGAUUUGUGUUUGUCCUGGCCUUCCCUGUGUGCAGUUACUGCUGUAGAAAAGUAUUAAUAGCUUCAUUUCAUAUAAACAUAAGUAAUUUCCAAACACUUAUGUAGCGGACUAAAGUGUACCUGGUAUUUAAAAACAAAAAUCUGAACCAGUUCCUGCAAGUUGACUGUGUUUUGUAUUCAGUAAAGAUAUUAAAAUGUAGUUAAUUGCAACUAAAGAGUGUUCAACAUAGCUUUCUAAUUCUCCACAUUCCCUCUUAUUCUGCAGGGUUUCCUUUCAGUAACUUACUUUCUCAUGCAACUGUGUAUUCUUUUCAUGAAGGUUAUGGAAGUAUUGGGCCAGAUGGAAAGUUUGGCAUUUUUAGAUUGAGAAUUACAAAUUGAGUUGCCUUCUGUGUAAUAUGCUGCAGGGGCUACAGUAUGUCUGCGUGAAAAUGAGGGUGUCAGUCUUCAGUUGCUGCUGUUUAUAAGUUGAUAUCCCUUCCCAAUAAAAGUCACUUACACUCCUGCCUUUGUAGUUCUGGUAUUCACUUUACUAUGUACUAGAAACAGCAUGGAACUGCUGGAAUACAGACAGUGCUUUUUGGCAGACUAAAGUGCAUGUCAUUUCUUAAUACACUGGAAUGGGAAAACCAAUUCAAGUUCACAUGUUCAAGUAUAACAUUUAGUACUUUUCCAUGCAGAUUUGUGCACAUGUGAGAAGGUGUCAAGUUUGUCCAGUGAUUGUUAUUUAGAGAGUUGGACCACUAUUGUGUGUUGCUAAUCAUUGAUUGUAGUCCCAAAAAAGCCUUGUGAAAAUGUUAUGCCCUAUGUAACAGCAAAGUAACAUUAAAUAAAAUUACAUUUUAUAAACCA